AUGGUGGAAAACAGCCUCGUUGACGCACCUUCAAUACUUCAGGCCAGCACAUACAUCGAUGAUCAGGCAACUGUCGGGCACGGCGGUCUUGAGAUCAAUUUGCUUGCUUCCUUUGGAAUUCCAACGGCGCAGAACUCAACCAGCCAGGUUCCAGCAACAACAGACCCUCGAUUUGAGAGCUUCGUGUGGCAUCCUCCACUGACCUGGGAUGAGAUGCCUGACAUGCACACCCCACUGGAGCAGACGCAGCAUCUCAGGAGCGAGGAUACAACCGAUCAAGCAAAUUCAACACUGGCUCUGGCCAACUUGUCCCUCAGUACAUCCUUCAGCUUUGGCUCUCCAUCCAAGCUCACUAUGAGCAUGCUUGGCAACAAUGAGGACUGGGUCAAAUACGUCUACGGGUUCCCGCAAAUGAUGCUCAAGGCUGGUACAUACCCCCCAUUUGUACAUCCAACAGUAUAUCGAUGCUCUGAGGGAGAAGUCUUGGAAGCCUUGGCCAUCGCAUUUUGCUGCUUAGGAUCAUACAACGCCGCCAUGAACAGCAGCCAGCAUUUUGCACAUUCGCUCAUUAACAAGGAGCGUGAUCAGCUUGUCAAAGACUUUCCUAGGAUCUGCUCCUCGCAAUCCGAAGUAUGGGUUCUAGCAUCGGUGCACGCAAUGUGUGUCUAUCAAAUCGUUAGCUUCUUUGGCCCAAGUCUAGAGCAAGCCCGAAAUGCCCAGUUACAACAACCAUGGCUACUAAAGGUAUUUGGCUCUAUUGCUGAAGAUCUCUGGUCGGGUGAAGCUCACGCUCGGCAGAUGACAAGACACCUCGCUCGACUUCAUCAACAGAGCAUCAACCUCUCCAAGCAGACUUGGUGGGAGCCUUGGGCUUUGGGUGAAACUAUCAGACGCACAAUUUUGCUGGUCAACACCAUCAACUGCUUGUCGUGCCGAGUUGGUAGGCAAGAUCCCUACUUGUACGAGCCUCUUGACGAGAACCUCGUUUCGAACCUACCACUACCCGCACCCACGGCCUUGUGGAGAGCAAAGUCCGCCACAGAAUGGGAGACUCAGAAACUUUUGAUGGCGGACCCUGACCUUGAAGCCUCCCAGAUGACACUCGGGGAGACACUCACUUCACUGUUGCAAGCGUCUCGAGCCAACAGUCUGAGCUGGGAUGGGCUGGACCAGUAUACGCGACUUGUGUUGGGUACUCUCCGCUUCAAUGCGGAUGAUCAGGUGGCUUUGGCAUGA